AUGCUAACUACUAAUACUAAUACUACUACUAAUACUACUACUACUACUACUACUACCACUACUACUACAACUGCUACUACUACUACUACUACUACUACUACUACUACUACUACAACAACAACAACAACAACAACAACAACAACAACAACAACAACAACUACUACUACUACUACUACUACUACUAUUCGUGAUGACCACGAGCAGAACAUUCUGUUCUCCAUACAACAUAAUGUUGAAACAAUGAAAUCAAAAAGGAAUAAUUUUUUAAAACCUACUUUUAUUCCCAAAGAAAUCCGACUCUAA